AUGGGGCCUUACAAGUAUACGGGACCACUCGACUGCAACGUUGAUAUCGACGUUAGCACACUCAAAGGCAAGACGGCAAUCGUGACGGGCGGAGCGAAAGGACUUGGCCAAGCUUACGCGCUUGCUCUUCUCGACGCCGGCUCCACGGUCAUCAUCGCCGACCUGGACGAGUCGGCUGGUGAGGCUUUUGCGGCACAAUACCCCAAUCGCCUUUACUUUGUUUCAUGCAAUGUAAGCAUCUGGGAGGACCAGGUUCGCCUCUUUGCGAAGGCUGCAGAGGUUUCGCCGACGGGCAAGAUCCAUCAUGUUGUCGCGAACGCCGGCAUAUUUCGAGCCGACGAGGUCUACUCGUACUCAUCACAACCAUUGGAGCCCAACCUCAGCACGAUCGACGUCAACGUCAAAGGUUCCCUGUACACAACUAAACUUGCAAUGCACUACUUUAUCAAACAAAACGGGACGGCCCCGUCGCCAUCCCAAGAAGACACCAGUCUAGUUGUCAUCAGUUCUGGGGCCGGAAUCUACGAUUGCAUACGGAUGCCGGAAUACUGUGCGUCGAAAUGGGCUGUGCGUGGCAUCAUGCACGGCUUGCGUCGAACAGCCCAUUUUUAUGGCAGCCGAGUCAACAUGAUUAGUCCCUACUAUGUUGAGACGACCGUGCUUCCGAAAAAGGUCUAUGAGUUCAUUAGGGGAAAAGGAAUCGACUUUGCUACCUUGGAAGACGCGGGGCAGUGUUUGCUGCGAUUACUAGCUGACCCAACUGUUAAUGGUCAUUCUCUGUUCAUUGCGCCAAGGAAGUGGGCACCCCGGGGCUAUAUUGAUUUGGACUUGGAGGAUACAGAAGGCACGCCCCUGCGCAAGGAGAUCCAGAUUGAACAAAUGCACUGUGAGCCGGUCGAUGCGGGCCUAUUCCCGGAGAUGCGAUUAUAUAUGUAA